AUGGACAGUCCCAACCCAAGGGAAGCCACACCGUCAGAGAGAUGCUACCAGGACUUUACCCACCUCACCUCCUUGAUCAAGGAAGAGAACGACUACCAGCAACGACUCGCCAAACAACAAUCCAUCACACCAGCAACGCCAACACCAGGAGCCAUGAAGACCAAGAAGAUUGCAGGAGGCUCUACCCGAUCUGACAAGUACAAGGCCCAGUUGAAGCCCCUCUCCCGGACAGACGAGGGCACCCCCACGAAAACCCUCUCUGUCGUCGUCCCCGCUUAUAAUGAAUCGGAACGGUUGCCCGUCAUGAUGAAGGAAACUCUGGAUUUCUUGAAGGAGAAGGCGCACAAGGAUUCAGCUUUUAGCUAUGAGAUCUUGAUUGUUGAUGAUGGUUCGCAGGAUCUGACGGUCCGAGUUGCCUUGGAGAUGGCUCAGGAGGAGGGUAUUCAGGAUAUUCGUGUUCUGAGCUUUGAAAAGAACCGUGGCAAGGGUGGUGCCGUAAUCCAGGGAAUGCAAUACACGCGGGGAGAGUACAUCUUAAUGGUCGAUGCAGAUGGUGCGACGCGGUUCUCGGACUUGGAUGCCUUGCAGGUCAAGUUGAAGGCCACUGAACAGGACGGAUUGGGAGUUGCUGUCGGAUCUAGAGCCCACAUGGUUAAAACCGAUGCCGUCGUCAAGCGCUCAUUCAUUCGUAACUUUUUGAUGUACUCCUUCCACAAGGUCGUUUACAUCCUCGGCUGCCGCGGGAUCGAGGACACCCAAUGUGGGUUCAAGCUCUUCAGCCGCAAAGCCGCCCAGGCCAUCUUUCCAAACAUGCAUGUUGAGGGCUGGGUCUUUGAUAUCGAGGUCCUCAUGAUUGCCCAACAGCUCCGGAUCCCGAUUGCCGAAGUUCCUGUGGCAUGGCAGGAGAUUGAUGGGUCCAAGGUCUCGUUGAUGAGGGACUCGAUUCAAAUGGCUCUGGAUCUGUUGAUUAUCCGGAUGAAUUAUCUUUUGGGAAUCUGGAGGAUCCGGCCUCUUCUGAAGGAUGAGAAGGCGGAGGUAGUGGAUAAGAAGGUCAAGUGUUGA